GGUAGCGAUGAAAAUAAGAAUGCAUUCUUUGGCGAAGGUAGGCGAAAAUAUAUAAACCCGCAGUACCAGCAUCGUUCGGAAGUCCAUUCCGUCCGUCCAUUAAUUACUGAUCUCGGCUUCGGUGCCGACAGUGGGAUUUGUGCAAACCUUACUUGCAACUGUCUCAGGCCUAAGCAUGGACAAUCCUCGAAGAUACCACUAUCGCUCGGCAAUGGUCUUAUCAUGGUCGCGUGUGCUCAUCGCGCUCAUCGUUGCAGGGCUUCCAAUGCAUCUCUCCGCGCUGCAGAAAGAGAUUACGAUCAAUGUUGAGCCGGGGAGAAUUGACUGUUUCUACGAACAGGCCAAAGCUGGCCAGACGAUUGACAUCGAAUACCAGGUGAUCGACGGAGGUCACGGAGAUUUAGAUAUAAGCUUCGAGAUGGCCGAGGUGACGGGCCGGACGAUAGUUACCGACUACAAAAAGUCCGACAACAUUCAUCGGCACCCGGUUCACUACGAUGGCGAGUUCAAGUUCUGCUUCGACAACGAGUUCAGCCGGCACAACAGCAAGACGGUUUUCUUCGAAUUGAUCAUUGAGCGCGAGGGCGAACUGGAAGACACGGCCUGGGCGGACAUUGAUCUGCUGGAGGGCUUGACGCCGGAAGAGUUUUACGAUAUGAAGGUUCAGGAUAUGGAGGAUGCUAUCAAGCGGGUGCGCAAUAAUCUCACCAAAGCGCGCCAGCUGCAGGACAUGCUGCGAUCGCACGAAGCACGCGAUCGGAACGUGGCCGAAGAGAAUUACUUCAAAGUGAACGUGUGGUCGUUCUUCCAGAUACUAGUGAUGAUUGCGGUCGGCGUGCUGCAAGUGUUCAUGGUGAAAUCAUUGUUCGACGUCGAUUCGCGAGCCUACAAACUACUGACCAAACUGUAACAAGAAUCAGGCAAGCUGUAACGAGGACAGUCUCGCCACAUCCGAGCGCAUGAAACAACGGAAUUGCUUCUAAACCAAAGUUAUUUUCGAUAUUAUCGUGCUUCAUCCAGCGUCAGGUUGAGCAUCCAGCAAAUCAGGGUUCCUAAUCGGGCGAUCACAGCAUCCAUAUGACGAGCGAGAAAUAGGGUAAGGGUAGUGGGAAUGCAAAGACACAAAC